AUGAUUGACCCAAUCGAUAAAAUUAUUGAAGAAACAUUUGUUUAUAAAAUUGAUAUGCUUCAUAAUCUUUCUUUAUCAUCGAAUGCUUCAAUGAUUCGUUACGCUUUAGCAUAUAAAGACUUUAAUCCUAAUGAAAAAUAUCCUGAGGAAGAGAUAGAAUCAAGUUUUGAAUUAACGAAAAAGUAUUGGAAAUAUAAAAUUGAAUCAUAUAAGAAACAAGAUGAAAAAGCAGAAAGGGAUACUAAAAAUAAUGUUUCAAUGGAUGAUUUUCAAUACUAUCACGAUUUAAUCCUUUCAUCUAAAUGCAAAAUGUGUGGUAAAGCGUUUACAUAUGCAAAUAAACCAACAUUAGAUAGAAUAGAUAAUGAAAAACCACAUACCAAAGAAAAUUGUCAGUUAAUGUGUUGUUAUUGCAAUGUCGUGAAAUCAAAUAAAGAUGAAGAUGUUCAACGUUUAAGAAUCAAUUUAAGAAAUUAUGCAUUAAAAAAUAAUUUACCAAUGACUUUAGAUUCAGUUGAAGCUUAUCACAUUCUCCGUAAUGGAAUUACUGGUGGUUUAUCAAAUGUUCAACAUAGAGUAAAUCUUAAAGGAAUCACGCACAUUAAUAAACUUUCAUAUAAUCCAGAAACUAAAACUGUAUCAAAUGAGGACACCACCAACAUUAUGACUCAUUUCGUUGGAGUUGACUUUAAUUCAUUAUAUCCUUCAUCAUUUUCAUCUAAUCCUCAUGAUUUCAUUCAAUAUACUGACCAUAAAAUGUAUAUGCCGGGAAGAUUGAAUGGUGUUAUCAUUUGUGAUACAGCAACAAAGAAAGCAAAAGCACUGGAAUUAUUAAGAAGAAAAAUACUUUAUUC